CAUACCUUUGAACAAUUUAUGAAAAAAAGAUACUACCAGGAUGGUGAACUUUUAUAAGACUUUGCUGAUCUAAGAAUAAUUUCCUGUGACCUUUGUACAUGAAAAACUAGGACAAGGAUUAUAUCUUUAUCCUUGAAAUUUAAAAACAUUUGCCAGGACAUGUCUUGGUGUUGAUGAUCUCUGUUGAACCUUCUCAGUCUCCAGUCUCAGUAUAAUGAGUAUGAUGAAUAUCACUGUACAUAAGUCUUUAUGCACAUCUCUGAUAUUUCCUUAGGAUAAAUGAGGAGCUGAUUCUUAAUCCUGUCAUAUUGAAUGGACAGCAAAUUAUGGAUGAACCUAUGGGAGAGGAGGAGAUUAAUCCACAAACUGAAGAAGGCAGUAUCAAAGAAAUUGCAAUCACACAUCAUGUAAAGGAAGGACAUGAAAAGGCAGAUCCUUCCCAAUUUGAACUUUUAAAAGUAUUAGGGCAGGGAUCAUUUGGAAAGGUUUUUUUAGUCAAAAAAAUCUCAGGCUCUGAUGCUAGACAGCUUUAUGCCAUGAAAGUAUUGAAGAAGGCCACAUUGAAAGUUCGAGAUCGUGUUCGGACAAAAAUGGAGCGUGAUAUCUUGGUAGAAGUUAAUCAUCCUUUUAUUGUCAAGUUACAUUAUGCUUUUCAAACUGAAGGGAAGUUGUAUCUUAUUUUGGAUUUUCUCAGGGGAGGAGAUUUGUUUACACGCUUAUCCAAAGAGGUGAUGUUCACAGAAGAAGAUGUCAAAUUCUACUUGGCCGAACUUGCACUUGCUUUAGACCAUCUACAUAGCCUGGGAAUAAUCUAUAGAGACUUAAAACCAGAAAACAUACUUCUUGAUGAAGAAGGUCACAUCAAGUUAACAGAUUUUGGCCUAAGUAAAGAGUCUAUUGACCAUGAAAAGAAGGCCUAUUCUUUCUGUGGAACUGUGGAAUACAUGGCUCCUGAAGUAGUUAAUCGUCGAGGUCACACUCAAAGUGCGGACUGGUGGUCUUUUGGUGUGUUAAUGUUUGAAAUGCUCACUGGUACACUACCUUUCCAAGGAAAAGAUCGAAAAGAAACAAUGACUAUGAUUCUUAAAGCCAAGCUUGGGAUGCCACAGUUUUUGAGUCCUGAAGCCCAGAGUCUUUUACGAAUGCUUUUCAAACGAAAUCCUGCGAACAGAUUGGGUGCAGGACCAGAUGGAGUUGAGGAAAUUAAAAGACAUUCAUUUUUCUCAACAAUAGACUGGAAUAAACUGUACAGAAGAGAAAUUCAUCCACCUUUUAAACCUGCAACUGGCAGGCCUGAAGAUACGUUUUAUUUUGAUCCUGAGUUUACUGCAAAAACUCCCAAAGAUUCACCUGGCAUUCCACCUAGUGCUAAUGCACAUCAGCUUUUUCGGGGAUUUAGUUUUGUUGCUAUCACCUCAGAUGAUGAAAGCCAAGCUAUGCAGACAGUUGGUGUGCAUUCAAUUGUGCAGCAGUUGCACAGAAACAGUAUUCAGUUUACCGACGGAUAUGAAGUAAAGGAAGAUAUUGGAGUUGGCUCCUACUCUGUUUGCAAGAGAUGCAUACAUAAAGCUACAAACAUGGAAUUUGCAGUGAAGAUUAUUGAUAAAAGCAAGAGAGACCCAACAGAAGAAAUUGAAAUUCUUCUUCGUUAUGGACAGCAUCCAAACAUCAUUACUCUAAAGGAUGUAUAUGAUGAUGGAAAAUAUGUGUAUGUAGUGACAGAACUUAUGAAAGGGGGUGAAUUGCUGGAUAAAAUUCUUAGACAGAAAUUUUUCUCUGAAAGAGAGGCCAGCGCUGUCCUGUUUACUAUAACCAAAACUGUUGAAUAUCUUCACGCACAAGGGGUGGUUCACAGAGACUUGAAACCUAGCAACAUUCUUUAUGUGGAUGAAUCUGGCAAUCCAGAAUCUAUUCGAAUUUGUGAUUUUGGCUUUGCCAAACAGCUAAGAGCAGAAAACGGUCUUCUCAUGACUCCUUGUUACACUGCAAAUUUUGUUGCACCAGAGGUUUUAAAAAGACAAGGCUAUGAUGCUGCUUGUGAUAUAUGGAGUCUUGGUGUCCUCCUCUAUACAAUGCUUACUGGUUACACUCCAUUUGCAAAUGGCCCUGAUGAUACACCAGAGGAAAUAUUAGCACGGAUAGGCAGCGGAAAAUUCUCACUCAGUGGUGGUUACUGGAAUUCUGUUUCGGACACAGCAAAGGACCUGGUGUCAAAGAUGCUUCAUGUGGAUCCUCAUCAGAGACUGACUGCUGCCCUUGUGCUCAGACAUCCUUGGAUUGUCCACUGGGACCAACUGCCACAAUACCAACUGAACAGACAGGAUGCACCCCAUCUAGUCAAGGGUGCUAUGGCAGCUACAUAUUCUGCUUUAAACCGUAAUCAGUCGCCAGUUUUGGAACCAGUAGGCCGCUCUACUCUUGCUCAGCGGAGAGGUAUUAAAAAAAUCACCUCCACAGCUCUGUGAAGUGACCUCAGUGAGAUAUUUGGUACCAUGGUGUAAGCUGAUAGCACAAGUUCUGGCGACAGGUAGCACAUAUCUGAGAGACACCUGCAAGCACACACUGUCCCAGCUGGUACCCAUAAUGCUGCUGCUCCUCCUGCUGCUCCUGCUUCCGUCUCUUCUCGCUUUAAAUGAUUGUUAGCAAGUUAGAUUUUCCUGGAGCUUCGGAUGAAAUGAAAAUGGAAACAUGAUGAAGACAUAUUCACUGAAUCAACAAGAAUAAUGAACAUACGAAUACCACCUAAAAAUACACUGAAUAAAGUACUCUACACCAUAUAGCAUUAUUUUUAUAGGAAAUAUUUCAUGUCCCUGAAAUAUUCUUUGUUAGUUAUAGGGAUGGACAGUUUAUGUUAAGCACUUAGCUUAAACAAUCCGUUUCUAUUAGCACUGUAUCCCUUGUGCCAUCCAACAUUUUGUAUGUUUUUGUAAACAGUUCAUAUACAGUACAUUUCUGUACUGCUUUCUUUAAUGUAUACAUGCUUUGUUUAACUUGGAAUCUAUUAUUAUUAAUCAAUUGACUAUUAAAUCUGGUUAAAUAGUUCACCUGGAUUAACAGUAUUGUUGGACAGCCCUAAAAAUGGCCAGAUUGUGGAACAGCUGUUGAAUGUAAUACUUCCAAAAUGUACAUAUAUUUCCCCAUGUCUGUUUCACUGGUUCGUUCAUUUGUUUGUUUCUUAAAGUCAGGUGCUUUGUCAGACUAACCUAGAGAGCUGUUAUGGUAGAGAAAGUUAUCACGUGUGUGUGGCAUGACAUCAAGAGUACACCUAUGAAGUUAGUCCAUAUACGUUGCAACUCCUUAGGGUUCUUUUUUCCUUAAUUAAGGAGGUAGUUCUUGCACUUUUGAUCUUGAAUAGUAUCCAUAUUUAGUAUUUGGCAUAUAAUUUGGGAUUUUGCCAAUAUACAUCAAAGGCCUUUAAGAGUUCUGGUGAAGAGAUUGGCGAAGGAAAAUUUAACAACAGGUCAUUCAAGUCCCAUUAGAUCUUUCACGUUUAAAUAGAUCAAAUUGCAGAAUUUAGCAUAUGAAUAACAGGAUACCUGUUCUUGUAUACCUGCAAGAAAAGUAUGCUUUUUGGAAAAAAGGUAAAUCAUAAUGAGUUCUAUCCCAUUACGAUGCUCUAUAUUAAACACUAAUUUGAAUGUAAUAAAGGCCACCAGCCUCUCUAUGAAAUUGGAUUUAAACUUUCUUAUUUGAGGGAAUAAAACAUUCUUGAUCAAACAGUAUUUGUUCUCACCUGAAAUUAUAGCUCAAGUAGGCUAAGUGAAUGUUCAUCAUUGAGUGUUUUCUGAAUUCCUUCUGAUGACUUAUAGCCAUAUAAUGCUUCCUUUAAUUUCAGAAAUGAUCAGCUUUCAUAGUGGUUACUGGGUCUGCUUAGAUUACAGUAUUCGUUAUCUACAUCUAACUUGGGUAGUUUCCACAAUUCUAUUUGAUUAAAGAAACUUUUGUAUCCAUUAUUACCUGUAUUUUGUAUUUAAGAGACCAACAGAUCUCUUAGCCAUGUACCGAGCCAUUUACAUCAGAAGUCUUUUUACCUGCUCAAAGCUUUAAAUCUUUUUUUUGAGAGUACAAAGCCAAGAAAGUGUAGUUUAGUUAAAUGUCUUAGAAGCCACUUAUUAUUACUUUAAGUUCUCCUCUACACAGCUAAAGAGAAAGGGAAAAUCUGUAACAUUCAUUUUGCUUAAGUGACACAAAAUGAUUAUUGCAUAGAAAUCAAAUGUAAGUUUAUCUUCUAAAUUUAAAAAAUGUUCAGUAAGAGGGAUUCAGAAGAUCUAGAUGGAGAAAGUUUUUAAAAAUUCUUGAGUAUAUAAAUGCUGACUAUCAAAAACUGCUUCCCAUUGCCCAGAAAGAAAUUUUUUUUCUUUCUUUCUCUCUUUCUCUAUUCAGUGUUUCAAACCAAACCCAUCCCAAAUUCUUGUCGCUUUUAAAAUGUUAGUGUAACUCUAGGCAAAAAAAAAAAAAGACAUUUUCAAAUUUUGGACACCAAUGCUAUUCCAUAAGUGCUUAGGUGUGUUGUCCAUCGUAGUCUUAGAACAGAAGUAAAUGUGUAAGUCCUUAUAAAUUAUCUAGUUCGACAUUCUCAUAUUGCAUGUAAAGUAACUAAGAACCAAAACAAAGACUAGAAUCCUUAACUUCUUACUCAGUUUUUUCCCCCUCAUAACACCAUGCUACCUUUCCUUCAUUAUCACCCAACCAGGAGCAGAGUUGUUAAAAAAAAAAAAAAAGCAUUUCUUGGGACAUUACUCCACUGGUAGAUGAAUGGCAAGUUUAUUGCUUUCAAAAAUAAUGCCUUCUUUGCCUACUUCAACUGCCAGUUUUAUUGGAGAAAAGCAAGUCAUGUGUUCACAAAACUGAAGACUUUUGCCUAAAAUGCAGUUCAUGAGCUUGAUUUAUUUCAUCUGUGAUCCUGGUGUUCCUAUUGCCUUUGAUUUACAACAGACAGCUCUAAAUGUAAUGCUUGCCCUGGGUUUACUUUUCCAUUAAUUACUGAGUCCAGUUCCUCUGGGCCCUUAACCAGUUAGUUCUCCUAGUUACCAGGGCUUCUCCCAGAAGGUUUUAGUUUAGUCUUUAAGAUUAUUUCAGUGUGAAAGAAGGAACUAAACCAUCAGGCCACUUUUACAAACUUCCUCUUAGCCUAUAAUCCAAAAUAAUGUCUAGAAUGGUAGAGUGCAUUUAAUUUUUCCAAGCAUAUGCUGAAAAAUAUGGAUUACGCUACCACGUGUUUUGUAUCUUCCCUUUCAAGUGAUGAUGUUAAGGUAAGUUUUUGUCCUUUUAAUUUUUUAUGUAAGUCAUUUCAGCUCCUUCUAAUUUAUAGAGAUGUCUUUUUUCCUAAGUACAGUAGACCUUUAACUUUCAUUUAUUCACAAGCAACCCUAAAAGUCCAAAAAUGUAAUAUUUUGACAAGGCACAGAAUCAAGAUGCUGCAAGGCUGAUGUGUGGGGAAAAGUCACUUAGGGUCUGGAGGGGGUGUGGUGUGUACACAGGAGAGAUUUACAUUUCACAUGUGGUAGGCUGCAAAGUAUGGGUUUGGAUCAACCAUUUCCCACCUAAUUUUAAGAAGUGGGGACAUUAUGAGAGGUUGGGCUGGCCUGUUUGCUGUGCCCUGCACCCUCAGCCCUGAAAAGAUUUGAAGAGGGAGAAGGGUGCAAAGGCUUCAUGAGUAAGAGAAUGGAUUGGGUUGGAAAGGGACUGGGGUGGGUCCAGCCUGGAAUGAGAGCAGAAAAACAUCCAAGAUUUGGGAGCCUUUGUACAGAUGUACUUAAUCACCAUGGAAGUCAGCAAUACAUAUCUCAACAUGGCUUUGAUAGUCUCUACUUCCUGGCCUUUAUAAAUGACUGAAAAAUACUCAGCUUGCUUUACCGUAUUUUAUAGAUAAAAUUCUCAUGGUGGUAUCGAGGAUUUAUGAGAUUUGUGAAGGCAUUAGGACAGGUAUCUCAGGAAUGUAAAGAGUUAGAAAAGGUCUGUUUUCUGUGCUUAAGAAAUAUAUUGGGUUCCAUGGUUGACCCUUGGUGCUUAAACCAAGAGGUUCCAAUCUAGUCAGAGUUCUGUCUCUCUGAAAGGUCCAGCUCCAUGUGACUCACACUAGAUGUAUACAUUGAGUUUUAUUUAAUUCACAGAUAAGUUGACCUAACUCAUUAUUUAUAUUUCAAUUAGUGAAAAUAGUCCUCUUUUCGCCUCCAGAUUGCUUACAUUUUGCUGGUUUCCCCAAGUGACCAUUGGUGGAGACCAAUUAAAGAAGGAAUGAAAUUUGCUUUCUUGGGACUGUGGUAUUCUACAGAGCCACGCUUAACCACUUUUUCUAGUGAAGAAUCUACAGAAUGAUAAUACCUAAAUAUGGAUGGCCAAGAAGAAUUUGUAUCUACAGUGUGCUUUAUGUACUUCUGACACUGCUGUAUUUUGUGUGGUCAAGUGACUUGUAACUGGUUCCAGUGUGACUGAGUGUUCUCAAUUCUAGUAAUGAAGUCAAGUUAAUUUUCUUAAGCCUUGUAUUACUAUCAGUCUCACAUUUACCACUUUGAUUCUAGUCUUUUAACUGUUCAUACAGGGCAUAGCAAGGGUUGGGAUGAGAGUCUACUUCCUACCUCUUAAGGCACUUUCCUCAUUAUUUUGCCAUAUAACCUUGAAGUGCAUGAUAAGCUGUUUAAAUGUCCAUGACUUCUCCCAGAACAACUAGCAAAGUAUAUGACAUUGAAUAGAGAUUAGUGAAAAGGAAAAUUUAGAGACUUAAGUUCAGAGAUGCAGACCUCAAGAAAACCUCUUCUAGAGCACAUACUAUUUGAGUACAAUGUGUAUAAACACACGUGAGAGGAGAGUCUCCGUAAUAGUCUAAGUAGAUUAGUUCAAUAUCUAAUGGAAGUGAAAAUCUUUACUCCUAGUAUCACAAUAGUACUGAAUGAGCUGUAUACUGAGUUUUUCAAACAAGUAUGUAAAGUAGAACUUUUAAAUACAAAGCAAGGGCAUAAGGAUAAAGGUUUUGGUUUGUGUAUCUCUAGUUUAUCAUCUAAAGCUUUUUUUUUUAAUUGCCAUUCCUUAGCAUCCUUAAUAAUUAUGGGUGAUGAGUUUUUAAUUCUUAAAAUUAUGUACAUGUAUUAGGUUUAUCUUAACUCUUACCCAAGCAAAAGGGAAGGUAUACACCUAAGGGAUGUAAUUAUUUUGCAUUUUUGGCCUUGGGUGGGAAUGGGGUGGGCAACUACUUAAAACAGUUUUUAAAAAAGAAAAAAAAUCACAAAUAUUUUUCUACUAUUAUACCUGAUCUUACUUUAUACGAGUUUCUCUCUAGUAAGGCAUGCUGGAAGCCCAAGUUACCGUAUCAUGAGUUCCUAUGUAUUGUACCUUUUAUUGGUGGUUAAAUCACAUCAGAUACUUGGCACUGCUGCCAUAAUUAUGAAAUGCUUGUAAAGGAUUAAUUAUCACUGAAUACUUUAAAUUGUUUUACUUAAGAGUUUAAUCUGGGAAGUUUUCAAAUCAUACUGUUAAUGCGUAAUCUAAGCUCUUUCAGAUGUAUCCAUGAAUAAUCCUGGAACAAUAUUGCUUGUAUUCCUGUCACAGAACAGGUUUUGUAAUCUUUAAAAGAAAUAAAAAUUUAUAUAAUAAAGUUUCAAA